CACCCACGAGUGAGGGAAAGUGGGCGUGGUUUAUACGAGAAGGCACAAGCUCCUCGUUCAAAGCCGUUGAGGGGACGGAGAUGGACGAGGAGGGUUUAGCGGCGCGCUCUCUAGGGAGAAUAGACCCGGGAAGGCAAGGUACCCCCGUGGUCGGAGUGGUUGUGGUGAAGAUAGUCUACAUGGCCGCGGUGUUUUACGCCUACUCCGUCUCCAAAACGCUACCGGCUGCUGUCUUUCUCUUCGUACUAAAAGCCAGUUCGGCAGUGGGGUUUGUUCUGCUGCAGAAACCGUUUACAUCUGGCAAAAGACUAUCGAGAACAACAUGGGUUCGUGUUGGUCGCUACUCCCUCCUAGUGUUGCUGACCAGCCUCCUCUGGUGUGUGGGGCUGUCUCUCUGUGGGCCUCUGAGGACGGUCCUUCUCUCCGAACACAGCGACCUCGCCCUCGGCUCGCUCCUCUCCAUCCUCGCAUGCACUCACACUCAGGGAAAGGGGCGAGGUGCUGUGUUUUUCCUGCUUGGUGUUUUGUGUUUACUUCUCUUUGACAACGACCAUUCUGCUAUCCCUUUGGAACAUCCUGAGGGGCCACACCGAGGUUCUGUCACCCACUUUAUGUAUCGCUUACUCUCCUUUCUUGGUGUUCCGGAUCACAAGGGAGGUAUAGUGGUGUUGCUGGCUGGAGUCUGCCUCAGUAUAGUCCAGAGAAACUCCGGUCGGAAGCUGGCAGUAGACGUCGGAGGCUCAAAGAGACUGCAGGCUCUCUCUGCGACCAUCUCUGCCUCUCUCCUCCUCCCCUGGGUCGUAGUCCAAUUGGUCACCCAGUCAGAACCCCUCCCCUCUCUUCACUCCCUCUCCUUCCUGUUCCUCCUCGGGCUGGCUCAACUGGCUGAUUUCUAUGCCAGCACAAUAGCAUCUCAGAGAGUUGAUCACUCAAAAAUCAGCAGGAUUGGCUCUGUCCUGUCUUUCUCUGUCGCCCUCGCUAUCGCUUCCCUUUCAUCCUAUUGGCAACACUACGACAAUGACGUCAUCGGCCGAGAGGGGGAGGGGGAGGAGCACGGGCUCUCCGUCGGGGUCGUCAUGGCAACCGUUUUCUUUCUCGUUGCCACGGCGACACUCACACACCCGACUCCGCGUUCGUCGUCCUACUCCCUCGUUGGUUACUCGUCAGCGGGGUUGCCCCUGUACUCCACCCAACGUUCUCUUCAUUUCUCCUCCCUCCUCUCCAUCGUCAGAGACAGUCUGAGGAAGAUAAUGGACGACGGAAACUCUCGGAGAAUAUUCUACUUCCUCCUGCUUAAUCUGGGGUUCACGGUGGUGGAGAUGCUGUAUGGAGUGUGGACCAACAGUCUGGGACUGAUUUCUGACGGGUUCCACAUGUUGUUUGACUGCUCUGCCCUGGUGGUGGGGCUCUGUGCCGCUCUUGUGGUCCGAUGGAAACCCACCAGGCUCUAUUCGUUUGGCUACGGACGUGUUGAAGUUCUGAGUGGCUUCGUCAACUCCCUGUUUCUGGUUUCCAUAGCGACGGCUGUCUUGAGUGAAGCCUUGACGAGAUUACUGGACCCUCCCACAAUCAACACUGAUAAACUCCUUGUGGUGUCGGUGGCUGGGUUCUUAGUCAAUCUGGUGGGUAUAGCCACGUUCAGUACAAAUAGUCAUGGGCAUUCGCACGGUUCCCAUGGACACUCCCACAAUACCAACAUGCAAGGGGUGUUCCUCCACAUCCUGGCCGACACUCUGGGAAGUGUCGGCGUGAUAAUCAGCUCUCUCCUGGUCGAGACCUUUGGCUGGCACGUUGUCGACCCCAUCUGCUCUGUCUUCAUCGCCGUUCUCAUCAUCUUAUCAGUCGUCCCUCUGCUCCGACAGUCAGCCGAGAUAUUAGUUCUGGCUACACCGAAUUAUGAACAGCUCUACCCAAUUCUGGACAAGCUCCCUCUAAUGGAUGGAGUGGUGAGCUGGUCAGACGCCCACUUCUGGCAGCAAGGAUGUUCCUCCGUUGCCGGGACAAUUCAUGUCCAGGUGGCACCGUCGGCCAAUGAUCAGAAGAUAAUCACCAUGGUGACCAACUACCUCCGAGAGAGAGGUGGAGUAGCGACGCUCACGGUGCAGGUGGAGAAAGAGAGGUUCCAGCUGUCAGGAGCGGCCGUCAGCUACAUCCACCAGUCCUUCCCCUCCACUCCUCCCGAAGUCUACGUGAACUAUGGACCUCAGACAGGAGAGGUCAAAGCCGUCUAGGAUUAUGUCAUUGUUACAUCAUCUGUAUUACAUCAUCACGACAUCAUUAUAGUAAUUUGGGCAGCCAGGGGGAAUAUCUAAUGACUCUGUCACUUUUUGAUUGCAAUAAACCA